AUGCUUCAAAAGAAAACACCGCGACCGCAAGAGCAAACGGGAAGUCGGCGAGAGCGUUCAGUCUGCUGCGAUCAGCCUAAGCAAGUGCAUGUCCGCGCACCAACGUGCACGAGUGUGGUUAAAAACCACGUGUGUUCCGCGCGUUCGAGGAAAGUUUUACGAACGGUAGUGACCCGUGUGUGCUCCCUUGUGAGACGUUCCGUGUGUCCGCCAUCGGCCCCUGUGCGCCCUCCUCAAGCGUCGCAACGACGGCUCCGCGGGCAAACAAAACCCGCACCAGAAAGAGCCUCAGGCCCAACGCAACCCGGGCGCGACACGAAGAGGACAGAGGUGCAGAAAAGGCGGCACGGCGGCUUCGAAAAGAACCGGCCUAAGCACUUCCACCUCCACCACCCGCAACCGAAGUGGACGGCCACGGUCAGAUUGACCGCCACGAAGACCCUCCAGGAGAGGGUCUUUUGGUGGAGACUUGAGCUAGCCUGGACAUCGAGGCUGACCGGUGCUGAAGAAGUCACGGGCGGCGCGGGCCGAAUCGAACGGCCGCGGUGCGGGACGAGAGCACACGUUUGUGCGAAUCGCGUGAGAGCGCGGGGACGCGGAUCGUUCGGCGCUUCCGCGUCGUGGGCCGUCAGGAAGGAUCGAGUCGUGGCUGACUUCGGGGUCACUGCUGAGGGUGAACGCGGCAGCAUGCAGCAACAGUGAGGAGAGGCGCCAGCGCGUAAGUACCGCUAGAUUUAAGCACAAAUUCACACAAAAAACACUAUGUUCCGCAUUUAGAUAGAGCCAGGUUAGGCAAAGUUUGCGAGGUCGCGUGAGCGCAUGUUUGUAUGUUUUGAGAAUCGGUACGCAAUACAGUCAUGAUGUUUAUUUUGUUGGGUUUUUUAUGCAGCUCUUGAGCUAGCCGGAAACGUCUUGUU